CGUGGUGAUAAAAAUUCGUAAAGGUCACCGUAUCGUUCUGGAAGAACAAAGAUUCACCUACCCGAUCACGUAUAAUUCUGUUUACAUAUCCCGUAAUGGAACUGGAGUUGAGCUCAAGCUGGUAAAACGAGGGCAAACGAAGGAGAAAUGGAUCUGGAUUCGUAUCUGGAAUCUCUCAUGAACCCAGAAUAUGUACCAAAGUUCCCUUUUUCAUUAUUUUAUUCGGAAGGAUCCAAAUAUCUCCGCAUGCGCUUGUACAAAAAGGCACUCGAACGUUUGGAUGAAGCCUUGAUGGAUGAGCCUUCGAACGUCAAGGCACUCCUCACCAGAGCCAAAGUUCAUAUCUACAUGCGACAAUAUGAAAAAGCAAAAGAAGAUGCUACCGAAGCCGUGAAAUUAUGGCCUGGAUAUUCAGAGGCUUUCGAUUUGAAGGGGCGGUCAGAAUUUAUGAUGGGCGAUUUCGAGGGAGCAUACCUGACAUACCUUGCUGGAAGGGAAGUGAGACCUGACAUAGAGAAAUUGAGAUUGGGACAGCAGCUUUGCGAAGAAUCAAUGAAGAAUUCCAUGAAAAUAAUGUCUGGCUUUAAAGUGGAUAGAGAUGAUAUCUACUUGAUGUCCAAAGUGAAAGAUGGCGGGGUUCGUUUCGCACAACGUUCUUCGAAUAGGCUGCCCAACUAUGAACGUUUUUCAAAAGACAAGAAAAUAUUACAAGAGCUUCUUUUGGAUGAAGACGUGAAAAAUGUCCAUGGUCUCUGCAAAGAGAGUUUGGACGAUAUACAUCAAUUUGAGAGAUUUUGGGCGAUGCAGAAACCUUUGCAUUGUAGGAAAAAAGCGCCAGCUCGAAAUAAACGAAUCACUAAGAAAGGCACCAUUCUUCAAUUAAUGACUUCCAUGAAAAAUCGAUGCCAGGAUUAUUUACGAAAUGACAAUCUAGACCUUUGCAUUGCAGACGGAGAAAAAUUGAUGAGGCUGAUGGAAUCUUACUCAGGGGCACCAACGGAAAGAAGCAUAAAGCUUAAAGCCGAGAUUUACCACCUUAUGAGCUUUGCAUAUGAUGAAAAGAAAGAUGAUAAACUUUGUUUGGACUUCUUACAAAAGGAGCUCGAAAUCUCUCAGAAAAGUGAAUAUAUUCACCCACAAAUCAGAGCUUUUCACCAUCUUGGAAUAUACUAUAUGAGGAAGAGAGAUUACCAAAGUGCUUGUAGUUCUUUCCUGGGAGUGACUGAAGCUCUGAAACCAGACAGACUGAAGAAGUACUUGGAAGAUCGCGAGAGACAUGUAAUUGAGGAUGAAACAAAGGAUGAAAAGCAUAAGGACUUAGCAGAAAUUGAGGCAGCAGAGAUCUGGGCUCGGAAUUUCAAACAGAGGUUGACUGCCUUGCUACCUCAGUCCGCUAUCAAUAAUUUGUUACUUGAGAUACGUCAAGAAGAUAUGUGUUUGUUAAAUUUAGGACAUAAUAUUUCCCGGAGUGAGUCAGAAUCUUCUAAAACUGAAACUUACUUGACUGCCGAUGAUUCAAUUAGGUCAGUUAUUUCUAGUGAUUUCGGUGGGUAA